AUGAGGGAAGCGUUUAUUCCCGCCGCUCCGAUUACCUGUGGGCUUCCUUUUCAAAGUACCAACGGCUUGCGUAAGCUUUCUGGCGAUCGGGCAAGUCCUCCCCUUCGUCCGGCACGUCGCCCAGCUCCAGCUCGCAUUGUAGCUGUCGAAGGCUGGGCCACAACCCGAUUGAAAGUGCUACCGUCAUUAGAAGGGGUCAAGAGGACCGAAGGCCUUCCUGGCAUCCAUUUUGACGAGCCUCCUCAAAUCACAGGUCAAGACCUUUUGGCAAUCAUCCGAGGCGACACCCCCGACGCAUGGGUUAACGAGAUCCUUCGCACCUUUCUGGGCUGGAAGCAGAUGGAAAACGGCGAAUGGAACGAUGAUGAGGUGCAACCGAUGUGGAAGAAAGCAUACAAGAGGGGGCCACCGGACUUUAUUGGUAAGAAGGGUGACUACACCCCGGAGAUGGAUCGGCCCGUCAAAAUUGCUGUCCAAAACCUAUCGAGAAGUAUCCCCUCAGACUAUAAACAGCUCUUAAAGCCCACUAUGAAACCCCUCGGUUUUUCGGGUUGGAAAGUCGCCGACCUCACUCCCAACCUUACUCGGCGCGCGCAGGCAGUCAAUUGGAUUAUAUACUGGUAUAAAAUGCAUUACCAAGAGUAUACAUGGUCGUAG